GGUGCCACCAUAGCUUCUGCUGCUGCGGCUGCCGCGGCGGAGCUGAAGCCGCCGAGCGUGAUCCCCGAGGGCGCUGUGAGCUGGGCCCGAGCGAACGGGGGCGCUGACGAGUAUUAGGGGCUUUUGAAGCGGGCGGUGGGUGUGCGGGGACUGGAAAGCAGCUCCCAAGGCCAGGGUGGGGGAGGGAGGCUCCCGUAUCAGAUCGGGUCAGCACGAGCCCCGGCUGCCAGCGUAGUGACCCGGCCCCCUGAGGACCGCUUGGGUGGCUUAGGCGGCCUCCUUCCUUGGACACCGCAGUUACCAUGGGAACACUUGGGUUAUAACCGGCGCCAAGUCCUCCUAGAGCCCAUCCCAUUCUUCAGUUAAACGCCUCUCGCUGGCGUGGGCCUGACAUUUCUUCACUCUAGGGGGUCGUCCUUCCUUCCUAAGAAAUCUAGCAGGCUAGGGUGGGGAUGAGUAGUGAGAAAGGACAGGGCAAUGCCCAGAGUAAGACCGGCUGACAGGCAGAAGACACCUACUGUGAUGCCAAGAUUGCUUCUGCCAUCUCAGGCCAGUGAACGUGCAUAUCCGAAGGCCGUGUUAAGCGAGAAGGCAGUACCACUGUCGAGACAAGUCCUAAGUCUAGGCCAGGGACUGUCCUUAGGGGCUCCUGGUUAUUAUGGCUGGGGAAGGGUCAACCAUUACCAGCCGCAUCAAGAACUUGCUGCGGUCACCAUCCAUCAAAUUACGCAGAAGUAAAACAGGAAACCGGCGAGAAGACCUCAGCUCCAAGGUGACCUUGGAGAAGGUGCUGGGAGUAACAGUAUCUGGAGGCAGAGGACUGGCUUGUGAUCCCCGAUCAGGUUUAGUUGCCUACCCCGCUGGGUGUGUGGUUGUGCUGUUCAAUCCCCGGAAACACAAACAGCACCAUAUCCUCAACAGUUCCAGGAAAACCAUUACUGCCCUCGCCUUCUCGCCUGAUGGCAAGUUCUUGGUCACUGGAGAGAGUGGGCACAUGCCUGCUGUGCGGGUUUGGGAUGUGGCUGAACGUAGCCAGGUGGCAGAGCUACAGGAGCACAAGUAUGGCGUGGCCUGUGUGGCCUUCUCCCCUAGUGCCAAGUACAUUGUAUCUGUGGGUUACCAGCAUGAUAUGAUUGUCAACGUGUGGGCCUGGAAGAAAAACAUCGUUGUAGCCUCCAACAAAGUAUCUAGUCGAGUGACCGCAGUGUCCUUUUCUGAAGACUGCAGCUACUUUGUCACCGCAGGCAACAGGCACAUCAAAUUCUGGUAUCUCGAUGACAGUAAGACCUCAAAGGUGAAUGCCACUGUGCCCCUGCUGGGACGUUCGGGGCUGCUGGGGGAACUGCGGAACAACCUGUUCACUGAUGUGGCUUGUGGCCGAGGAAAAAAGGCUGACAGUACUUUCUGCAUCACGUCUUCUGGACUGCUGUGCGAGUUCAGUGACCGCAGGCUUCUGGACAAGUGGGUGGAGCUGAGGAACACAGACAGCUUCACAACCACUGUGGCCCACUGCAUCUCUGUGAGUCAAGAAUACAUCUUCUGUGGUUGUGCCGAUGGCACCGUGCGCCUAUUCAAUCCCUCCAACCUGCAUUUCCUCAGUACCCUACCCAGACCUCAUGCCCUGGGAACAGACAUUGCCAGCAUCACUGAGGCCAGUCGCCUCUUCUCUGGAGGGGCCAAUGCCAGGUACCCAGACACCAUUGCCUUGACCUUUGAUCCAACUAAUCAGUGGCUGUCUUGUGUAUACAACGACCACAGCAUCUAUGUUUGGGAUGUGAGGGACCCCAAGAAAGUGGGCAAGGUGUACUCAGCUCUCUAUCAUUCCUCCUGUGUCUGGAGCGUGGAGGUCUACCCCGAGAUAAAGGACAGCAAUCAGGCCUGUCUGCCCCCCAGUUCCUUUAUUACCUGCUCCUCAGACAAUACCAUCCGCCUGUGGAACACAGAGAGCUCUGGGGUACACGGCUCUACCCUGCAUAGAAACAUCCUCAGCAAUGACCUCAUUAAGAUCAUCUAUGUGGAUGGGAACACUCAGGCUCUGUUGGACACUGAGCUACCUGGAGGAGACAAAGCUGAUGGGUCCCUGAUGGACCCCCGAGUAGGCAUCCGUUCUGUGUGUAUCAGCCCCAAUGGACAACACUUAGCUUCAGGAGACCGCAUGGGGACCCUUAGGGUACAUGAACUGCAGUCCCUGAGUGAAAUGUUGAAGGUAGAAGCCCAUGACUCUGAGAUCCUAUGCCUGGAGUACUCUAAACCAGACACAGGCUUGAAGCUGCUGGCAUCAGCAAGCCGGGACCGUCUGAUCCAUGUGCUGGAUGCUGGGCGGGAGUAUAGUCUACAACAAACACUGGACGAGCAUUCAUCCUCCAUUACUGCUGUCAAAUUCGCAGCCAGUGAUGGGCAAGUGCGCAUGAUCAGCUGUGGAGCAGACAAGAGCAUUUACUUCCGAACUGCACAGAAGUCUGGAGAAGGAGUACAGUUUACACGAACACACCACGUGGUACGGAAGACAACCCUCUAUGACAUGGAUGUAGAGCCCAGCUGGAAGUACACGGCCAUCGGCUGCCAGGACCGAAAUAUUCGGAUCUUCAACAUCAGUAGUGGGAAGCAGAAAAAGCUGUUUAAAGGGUCACAGGGCGAGGAUGGCACUCUCAUUAAGGUGCAGACAGACCCCUCAGGGAUCUACAUUGCCACCAGCUGUUCUGAUAAGAACCUCUCCAUUUUUGACUUCUCCUCGGGCGAGUGUGUUGCCACUAUGUUUGGUCACUCAGAGAUUGUCACUGGCAUGAAAUUUAGUAACGACUGCAAGCAUCUCAUCUCUGUGUCAGGGGACAGCUGCAUAUUUGUCUGGCGCCUGAGCUCUGAGAUGACCAUCAGCAUGAGGCAGCGCCUGGCAGAGUUGCGCCAGCGUCAGCGAGGAGGCAAGCAGCAGGGACCAACCUCCCCCCAAAGGGCCUCUGGACCCAAGCAGCACCAGGCUCCAGUGGUGACCCCUCCUGGGCCAGCUCUUUCAUCAGACAGUGACAAGGAGGGAGAAGAUGAGGGCACUGAGGAGGAGGAGCUGCCAGCUCUGCCCAUUCUGGGCAAGAGCACCAAGAAAGAGCCAGCCUCAGUCUCUAGUCCAGCCUUGCUCCGAAGCCUGUCCCACUGGGAAAUGAGUCGGGCGCAAGAGAGCAUGGAGUUCCUGGGCCCAACUCCUGUAGCCAACACAGGACCCAAAAGAAGAGGGCGCUGGGCUCAGCCAGGUGUGGAGCUGAGUGUUCGCUCCAUGCUGGACUUGAGACAGCUAGAGACCUUGGCCCCAAACCAUCGAGGUCCCAGCCAGGACUCACUGGCGGUGUCCCCGUCUGUUCCUGGGAAGCAUGGUCCACAGGCCUCCGAGCUCUCAUGUGCUGGCCAGAAUGAAAAGGCUCCUCGGCUUCAGGCUUCCCAACCCUGUUCCUGCCCUCACAUUAUCCGAUUGUUGUCGCAAGAGGAAGGAGUCUUUGCCCAAGAUCUGGAGCCUGCACCCACUGAAGAUGGUAUUGUCUACCCGGAACCCAGUGACAGCCCUACCAUGGAUACCAGUGCGUUCCAGGUGCAGGCUCCAACCCGAGGAUCCCUAGGAAGAAUCUACCCAGGCAACAGGGGCUCAGAAAAGCACAGCCCUGACAGUGCGUGCUCUGUGGACUACAGCAGCAGCCGGCUCUCCAGCCCCGAACACCCCAAUGAAGACUCUGAGAGCACAGAGCCCCUAAGUGUGGAUGGCAUCUCCUCAGACCCUGAAGAGCCAGCCGAGGGUGAUGAAGAAGAGGAAGAGGAGGGAGGCCCGGGCCUCUGUGGGCUGCAAGAAGGCAGCCCGCACACCCCAGAUCAGGAGCAGUUUCUGAAACAGCACUUUGAGACGCUGGCCAAUGGGGCCGCUCCAGGGGGUCCAGCAAGGGUCCUAGAGAGGACAGAGUCUCGGAGCAUCUCAUCCCGAUUCCUGCUGCAAGUGCAGACUUCGCCACUCAGGGAACCAUCUUUGUCCUCCUCAAGCUUGGGCCCGGUGUCAAGACCUGACCAGGUGUCACAGACAUCUGGUGACCAGCUGAAAGGCAGUGGUGCCCCUCCCCCAGGAGCACCCCCAGAAAUGGAACCCUCUUCUGCCAACUCCGGCCCCCAGCAGGUGGCUCCUGUGCUGUUGCCACGACGGCGGAACAACCUGGAUAAUAGCUGGGGCCCCCCAAAAAUGGCUACAACCCGCCCCUUAACUCGACUCCAGAAAGCACAGUCUGUGCACAGCCUGGUACCACAGGAUGAGGUGCCUUCAUCACGUCCACUGCUCUCCCGGGAGGUGGAGAUCCAGGGCAGCUUAGGAUCCCUGCCACAAGCUGAUAGCUACCCAUCUCAGACCCACUCCUGCCAGAUCUCCACCUCCAGUUCUACGGCCAAGCUAGCUCGUAGCAUUUCUGUUGGGGAGAACCCAGGCCUGGCAGCUGAACCUCAAGCUCCUGCACCAGUCCGAGUCUCACCACUCAACAAGCUAGCUCUGCCUAGCCGGGCUCACCUUGUCCUGGACAUCCCCAAACCACUGCCUGACCGUCCUACUUUGACCACAUUCUCACCUGUAACCAAGGACCAAGUCCAUAAUGAAGCAGAACAAUCUGGCUCCCUGGUGAACCUAGGAAAGGCUCACACUCCAUUUGAAAGACGGGCCUGUUCAGGGGAGGGUGCCACUCCUAAACCUAGGACAGAGGGCCAGGCUCACCCUGGCCCCAACCACCCCCGUGCCCAGCAAUUGCCGGUCAGCGGUCUCCUCCAAGGCCCCCAGAGCUUUCAGCCCCCAUGCCCUGAGAAGUCUGCGAAUCCCAUGGAAUGCACCAGACCAGGGGCAACCCUGAGCCAGGACUCAGAGCUGGCCUUGAGUCUGCAACAAUGUGAACAGCUUGUGGCGGAGCUCCAGGGGAAUGUGCGCCAGGCAGUGCAGCUCUACCAGCUGGUGACCAGCUGUAAGACACCUUCGGCAGAGCACAGCCACAUCAUCCGUCUCCUGAGAGACACCUUCUCUUCAGUGCGGCAGGAACUAGAGGCCCUGACCGGGGCAGGGCUGUCCAGCCCAGGCGGCAGCCCUGGGGCUGUGGGGGCUGAGCAAACCCAAGCCCUGUUGGAGCAGUACUCAGAGCUAUUGCUUCGAGCUGUGGAGCGGCGUAUGGAGCGCAGACUCUGAAUUCCAGAGCCUGUCCAAGAGAAAUGCUCCCCAUUGAAACUGUAGCCCUUCUUCCACUCAUCAGAACCUGUGAGAAUGUCUGGAGUGGAUAGCAGGGGUCGGUGCGCAGAGGCAAAGCAGCCUUCCCAGCUGCUGCUCAGGGGCCCCUGUAUUUAUUAAUUUAUUUCCAUGACUGUUGCCUCACUUCCUUGGGACUCCUGCCUCGAAAGCCCCUCCAGUGGCUCAUAGCAGGGCAGGUCUUGAGUCUAUGUCAUCUUGGUGCUGUGAGGGGUAGGAGGGCAGCCUGCCUCAUCUGGGGACACUGGGAAGGGCUGGCCUUCUCUUCUUAGAAGCCAUUUGAAGUUACUUCAGGGAUCAGCUCCCUGGGGUGGAGCAUACACAGGGUACGCUGGGGGAGAGGUGAAAGGUGAUGUGGUACUUAGUGCCCUAAAGCCAACUGUAGACCCUUACCUCUACUCCCACACCAGCUGCACUCUCCUGGCUGCCAAAGCAGGGGCGGUUUCCCCCAAUUCCUGGCAGUUGAGAAAGGUAGAGCUGCCUGGCCCUCCAGGGGAUUCCUAGCCCUUAGAAGACUUGAGUUGGUAUCAGGACCUGAGCCCCCACAUUCCGCUCCCAUUCUCCCUGCAAGAGAGCCCUAGCAUUUUCUACCCCAUCCCUUUUUCCCUUGUGGAGCCAGCUGUGGGAUUUUGCUGCUGGACAGUAAAGCCCCCAGCUGGGCAAACACAAAGCCUGCCUACUUUCUUAAGCCCUUUGAGCUUCUUUAUUCUCUAACCCUGGUCCCUAGAGGAUUACUGAAGCCCCAGGGACCACCUCCCCCUAUAUCCCCCGGGCAACAAACAAAAGCGCGAUCAGAAACCUGUAUUGGGAGUUCCCUCAUGGUUUACAGGGCACUAGCCCACCUUCCUAGGCCUUUGGCCACACACACACAAAUGUAUACACAGUUGAGUGUUCAGUGUUAGAAUGCUUGCCUGGCUAGUAGGUACCUGGUUCUGUCACAUUUGGCCUCAGUUUCACUAGCCUGGCUUAGUUAGAACUCUUAUCCAGAAACAUGAAAAGGAACACACUAAAAUUCUGGAAUCUUGGUGUUCAAAGCCAGGCUGACAGGAGAUGGCUAUGGGACACCUGGCUCACAGAGGAGACUCUUUUUCAAAAGCAGUACUGGGUGCUCGGCGAUACUGGAUAGUAGAGAUUGUGGGAUGGAGG